UUUACCUAUUGGAAAAAAAAAAUCUAGCUAUGCAAAUAUACACUUAAUUCUGCACUUGAAUAGUUGAAUUCUGUAAUUCUGGUCUUUGACUUUAGUCACUAAAAUUUUGUAAUUUUGCACUAAAAUUUUACAAUUAUGCACCUAAACAAUAAAAUAUCAGACCCAUCAAUGUGGCCGAAUAGUAAGCAUUUACAGCUUCAAUGGUGCUGUCUUGAUCCUUUCCAUGAUAUUUAAAUCAUUGUUCAAAUGCAAUGUGUAUAAUUUUUUUAAUUCAAAUUAUGUUCUCCUCUUAAGUUCAUGAAAUCUGCUAUAAUAGAAAAAGCAUUAUCGCCUGAGCCUUUUACUUCACACCCAUAGGAUCAGAAAUUCAGAAUUAGGUCGUUAAUCAAAGGGGGGCCAAAAAUUAAUGUGACUAAUAAAAGAACCAAACAAAUGAUAAUAUCAUUUCAAGAAAAGCUAUCUCCUCGAUCAGCAAUCAACAAAGGCAACCUUGUAUAUUUCACAAUAAAAUAGUAUCCGUAUUUUGGAUUUAGCCUCUAUAAAUAUACUAGUAUAUCUUACUAUUUUAUGUAAUUCGUUAAUUAUAUACCAGUAACGUAUUUUUAAACUAACUUUAGUUAGGAUAUCUUUAUGAUCUUGCCUGGGAAAUAGGUCGGCUUCAAUUCCUCAAGGUCAGCCAAGCUAUAUGCUACAAGAUUGGACGUCCACUCUUCAGAGUCCGAAUUUUCCUUUCUCGUUGUAGAUGUGAAGGUGUGAGUAAUACAAAAGGGGUGGAGUGUACCUGCAAAGGCACUCCAAUGCUUAAGUCAGUUAUGGUGUUAAUUCAGAGUGAAUGAGAAAAGAUACUUUACCUUCUUUUAUAAAUAUUUAAUUAUCCGUUAUAUUCUAGAUGAUUAUUUGACCGUUCUUGAUAAUUGGUUUUGUAACCGACUUUAUUCAUACCGUUUGAGACGUCAGUUAUAAUGUCAUUAAUUUUGCCGAGUUAUAAUUCAUAAGGGCCGAACAAUAACGGCAAAGACGAGUUAUGAUGAUGGUCGGUUAUGAUUUGUAUUAAUGGUGACCAUAUCACAGCCCCAAGCUUAGCCUGAGGAGGAUUUUAAUGAAGCAGGUUGAGCUUUAUUUUUUUGAUGAGUUAUAACUCGGCUUGUGUAGGUUAGUGGAUGAGCCCCCAGAUCAACUUACUUCAUUAAAAGAUGAUUCAGUGGUUUGAAAUGUGGGUACGUGGGGAGUCGUGUCCGUUAUUUCCUGAUGAAAGAGAAGGAAUAAUGGUUGCAUUUAAUUUUUGCGGUUUCCCAAUGUUUGGUUCACUGUUUGAUGUGGCUUUGGAAGUGGGGGGUGAUUAUUUGGAACGUUUUGUUCCUUUAAUUCUUCGAAUCUCUUCAGAUUUUCCUGGGUGUUUUGUUGGCUGUUGGUUAUAUGCUUGCUUUCUUUUGAAGAAUGAGUAAGAGAGGUAUGAGUCUCUUUUUCUGUUUCUUAUCCAUUUCUGUGCUUUCUCCUGUGUUUUUCGUUUUUUCCUUUCUUCUUCUACUGCUUUUCGAUCUAAUGGGGUUUGGGAAAGAGAAGAAGGAUAGGGUGGAUUGGUCGUAUGAUUGGGUAGGGGAAGAUGUUAAAUCACGGGUUUCACUUUUUUCUGAUGAAGCGGCGGUGAGGGAGGUGGAUGUGAAUAAAAUAGUGAGGGUAGGUUCCGGAGUCAAGGUGGAGUUGUUACCAUGUAAUGUGGAUGAUAGGGUUUAUCACCGAGAGUGGGGGUUUGGGUUCUUUUACAUGCAUAGCUGUGUGCUUGAAGAGUUGCGGGUUAGGCUUCCGUUUACGGAGUUUGAGUGUCAAGUUCUUAAGCGGCUCAACUGUGCUCCCUCACAGCUUCAUCCAAAUGGAUGGGCUUUCCUUCGAUCUUUUGAGGUUUUGAUGGAGUUUCUGGAGGAAGUGCCGUCUGUGGAUUUGUUCUUUUCCUUAUUUCAAGCUAAAGGUGUUUGGAAAGGAGGUUGGGUAAAUUUCAAUAGCACUCUGGGAUUUGGGAUUUUUAGACUGUACAAAUCUUCUUUUAAAGACUUCAAGGAGAUGUAUUUUAAAGUUAAGAGUUCAGAAGAGGAUUUUCCGUUUUUUAUUGAUGAAAAUCUUGCUGGGAAAUUUUCCCUCUUUUGGUGCUCGGAGCCGCAAAAUAUACUCGGUCCGGAGGUUAUAUCGCCGAGGAAUGAGUGUCUGAUAGAAUUUUUGGUGGAGAAUAUUGAUCGAAAAAAUUUGAUAUCGAUGUAUGAGUUGCUGAAGUGGGAAGAGGAUAAGGGUGCUGUUGUAGAGUAUCUAGGUGAGUUUCUAGGGUUUAUGUUGAUGUUUGUGUUUCUUGCUGAAAAACUCUAACACGAUAUGUUUUCUUCAGGUGGGAAGUAUCCUGGCGUUUCUGCUGCAUCGCUAAGGACGCGGUUUAAGAAUAAAAAUUUGGAGAAAGAGGUGUCGUCAUCUAAUGCUGAGAAGGUUGUUGGUACUGGCGAGGUUUCGCAGCCUCGACAAGGGCGGAGGAAAGUUAUCGCGAAGAAAAGGAAGAAGUCCGAGCUUGUGGAAUUAUCAGAUGAUUCUGAUGAGAAAGAGUUUGGGGUUCCUCUUGAAGAGUUACAGGCUUUUAUGGGGAAUCAAAAAAGGCUGCACGAGAUUUCUGAGGAAAGUGAGGCGUUUUCGGUGUGGGGAAAGGAAUAUCCUUACAUGGCUGUUGUGGAUGAGUAUUGCCAAUCGUCGGCCGAUGUAACUCUUGCCAAGGAGGUCGGGGAUGUGGCUGUUGGGCAAUAUAUGCAGGUAACAAGUUAUUGAUGUUUUCCUUAUUUUUCCUUUUGUUUUCUUAUGAGUUUGUUUUGCCCUCCAGGUUGUUGGGUUGUGCCUUGCAAGUCUGGGUCGAAGUCAGGAAUUGAAACAUAAGGGAGUGGCUGCUGAGAAAGGUGAGGUAUCUGUUUUGAAGGAAGAGUUGAUUAAGUGUAAGAAUCUUGCUGCUGAGCUUCAAGCUCGUUUGACUGAGACCGAGAAGUUGCUGAGGGAGACUAAGGAAAGUUAUGCUAAGGAUGUUGAGGAUUUGAAGAAGAAGGAAAGCGAUCUGGUGAACGUGCAAAAUCGGUUGAUUGAGGUGACUGCUCAGCUUAAGGAUAUGGAGAAGAAAAAGGUGGAUGAGAUUUUGGACUCGUUUGUUGAAGGUUUUGAAAGGGCAAGGUUGCAGGUGAAGUUUUUGGUUCCGGAUGCCGAUCUUUCUGGCAUGGAUCCUGGGAAGAUAGUUCGAGAUGGUCAGUUGAUUGAGGAUGAUGGGGAUGCGGAAGAUGAGGCCGAUAAUGUUUAGGUUGUUAUGAAAAGACCUUUGUGAAUUUGUUUUUUGUUAUUGUAAUCUGACUGUUUUUUGUAAGCGGAUAAUAGUAUGGCUCCUGUUUUUUAGCCUUUUUAAAAUUGACUUGUUUGAAAAUUUGGUGCUUUUUAUAAAAAGCUGUUUGCAUUGUUCGGAUAUAUUUCCAAGUUUAUUGGCGUUUUAGAAUUAUUUGAUAAUUGCCUUUGGAGCUUGGACGAGAAUUGGCAUUUGUCCGAGCUGGAUUGAUAGUUUGAUAAGAUCGAUUUGAUAGAAAGGAUAGGACAUUUGUUCGUCCCUUAUAUAUUCGGAAUUGUUUCAUACAAAGGUGCAGGUAGGCUAGCCUCGUUAAAACCUCUCCAAGCAAAACCUUUUGGGAUAAAAUCUUGGCAGUAGG